AUGGAAUCAGAGAAAGAAAAUAUGCAGUCUUUGCUGGAGAGGUUCUCCACCACAGUUGACUCCUCCAAUGUUAAUCGGAGUUUCCUAGAGAAACUGCCCAGCACUCCAGUCUACAGCAGCAGCAGCAGCAGCAAAGUUGGCAGUCCCACAGAUAGUAGCUGCAGCAACAACACCACUGCUCAUGUCAACAACACAUCUUACUACGCAGGCACUGACCUGCUCAGUGUAUGCCGAAUAUGUCAGCUUCCCGGUGAUGGCGAUGACAUCCUGUUCUCUCCGUGCCGAUGCUCUGGCAGCCUCAAGUCUGUGCACUACAACUGUUUGGUGAAGUGGAUCGACAUCUCCACAAGAAAGACAAAGAAGAUUCCCAGAUGUGAACUGUGUCAGUUCUUUUAUGUGCGUCAUAAACGAUUUAAGUUUCAUAACUGGCGUAUGCCACACGUGUCCAGGCGAGAUAAGUGUCUUCACAUCAUCUUCCUGAUCACUCUAGUCGUCAUGGUGAUCUGUGCGGUGGCAACUGUCAUGUGUUUCCUGUCUGACAACGGACAAAUCUCACAGGGCAAGACGUACCUGAGCACAGAGGAAGUAAUAACUUUGACUUGUGGGGUCAUGUUCUUCGUCUCCUUCUUCCUAGCGAUGACUGUGGAAAUCAAGGCUCGUCACACAAUAUAUAGACUGUUUGUCAAGUUUAUAUGUCAUAACACAGAGUGGCAGAUCGAAGCUUAUGAUAAGAACAGAGAUGCAGACUGUCCUAAACCAUAUAUAUACAAUACUUGA